AUGAUACAGGAAAAACAUCAUGCAGAAAACCCAAUAAAAGUCACUUUUAAAGAUGCAAAGUGCGUCAAAUGUGGAAAGGAAACUGAUAUAAGACUGGCUGAGAAGUAUCCGUGUCAUACGAAGGAGAUAAAUCACAAACACCCAAGCACGGAAAUUGUCCAUACAGGAUAUGUCACAACUCAAAAUGAAUACAGGAAAUUUGGAGACAGGACUUUGGGUCUAAUGGUUGCAUUGAGCGCUGUACUUACUGUGGUAAAGACGUGGCAGAUACGUCAGAAUGCUUGGGGUAUUACAAAAUAUAUAAUUGAUAUUAAUGAAGAUAAAAUCAAGGUUUUGGAUAUUCUAAAUCCAAAUAAUAUGCAGGUUGAUUUUAAUCCCAAACAAAUCGAUAUAAUUGUUGAUUAUAUCAAUGAUGGAUUAAGAAAUGAAAAAGAUAUUUCAGAAGAUUUAAAAAAUACUAUUAAACAUCUUCGCAUAUUUAAUGAACUAAAUAAUAAUUUACUAAAUACAAGUAUCAUAAGCUCCUCAAAUAAUAAUAACAAUACAAUUAAUUACUUAUUACCGGAUGAAGAGGAAAAGAAACCUAUGCCUAUUAUAACACGUUCUGAUAUAAGAAUCAUCGCGGUUGGAAAAACUGGCCUUGGCAAGAGCUUUACCGCCACAGUAUUCGGAUUUAAUGCAGAGGUGGGUAAUGAUCCGGAUUCAAUGACUAAGAAUGUGACAAUCUACAGUAGUGAUAAUAUAAACGCUGUCAAGAGGGCUGUCAAUAUCAUAAAUGUGGGAAGAGAUAUGCUUGCUAAGACUUCAUUCAUUCAUGUGUAUUUAUAUGAUCGUUUGAGUAAAACUCGUGUUAGUCGUUUUAACACUAAAGAAUUACAUGAACAAGGAAUAUACAAGAAGGAGGAGUUGUUGGAUGUUUAUAAAAAGAUAAUACAGGAAAAAUAUCAUGCAGAAAACCCAAUAAAAAUCACCUUUAAAAAUGCAAGGUGCGUCAAGUGUGGAAAAGAGAUUGACAUAAGGUUUGCUGAUAAGUAUCCGUGUCAUACAGAGGUAAUUCACAAACAUCCAAACAUGAAACUUGUUCAUCCAGGACAACUGGUACCCAUAGAUGGCAGGGAAUUUGAACGUCGUUUCAUAGAUGACAAUGAAGAUAUUUUCAUAGGUGACAGGAAAUUUGGACAUAGUUACAUUGAUUCCAUCCCAAUUGUAAAUGAUAUUAUCAAUUAUUUUAAAUUUAGGAAACAGGAACUUGUAUGGACCUGCUGUGGGGAGCUCUAUAUACCUAUUGUGGAGUAUAUUAUGUCUAGUGGUUGCAGUGUGCGCUGUACUGAAUGUGAUAAAGGCACGGCUACGCAAGGGUGCAUGAAAGUUUGCAAGGGAUGUGGCCGGCCUUGGGGAGAAUCACAUGGCUGUUCCAAGGAAGGGCAACACGAAUUUAAUACAUUUUACAGUUCACAUGAUGAAUUAUAA